GCGAGAAACCACUGUGGACGAUUCUUCGACUCGACUUGACCUUCAGUCGCCAACCCUUUUCGCCUAUCCGACAACCCCCCGUGAUACUCACCCAUCAUGUCUAAGAGAGGUCGUGGCGGUGCCGCCGGCAACAAGCUGAAGAUGACCCUCGGUCUGCCUGUUGGCGCCGUGAUGAACUGCUGCGACAACUCCGGUGCUCGCAACCUGUACAUCAUUGCCGUCGCCGGUACCGGUGCUCGUCUGAACCGUCUCCCGGCUGCCGGUGUCGGUGACAUGGUUAUGGCCACCGUCAAGAAGGGAAAGCCCGAGCUCCGUAAGAAGGUUAUGCCCGCCGUUGUCGUCCGCCAGAGCAAGCCCUGGCGCCGGGCUGACGGUAUCUACCUGUACUUCGAGGACAACGCUGGUGUUAUCGUCAACAACAAGGGUGAGAUGAAGGGUUCCGCCAUCACCGGUCCCGUCGGUAAGGAGGCUGCUGAGCUUUGGCCCCGUAUUGCCUCCAACGCCGGUGUUGUUAUGUAAAGAGAGAGAACCGAAUAAAACAACCAAAAAUGAACGAUACCAUCCAAACCUGAACUCAUUGGGACCUGGGAAACGGAGUGCAUACGAGGCAUAUUGUGGAACAGGGUGCGGAGGUCCAGACGAAUCCACCUGUGUUAUUUCGAGCCGGUUUUCCUUCCCAAAUUCGUGUUUUUUAUCUCUUUGAACACUGGCGACUCGGAAGUAUUUUUGAAAAAAAUUACAACCCUUUUUCAUGACGAUCCGUUUCUUGUGGGAUGUCGGACUUGCAUAGCACCAGGUGUUGUCUCGGAUUCGAUGUCUUCAGCCCUUGUCGCGUGGGUUUCAGGCGGGUUCAUGAAUCUGAUGACCUUCGGCUUGAGAUUUCCCUAGUAGCUGUGUAGAUGUAUGUCUAUGGAGUAGAUAAUC